AUGUCCGACAAGUCGAAUCCCAAUCAAGAGCACGAGGGUUUCUUUGAGAGAAUCCUUCACCACCACGAUGGUAACAAGGCUGAUCGCAGCAAGGACACGACUGAUCAGCAAGACAAGAUGGACAGCCAACACCCUCAGACCCAGAACAAAGAGGGUGAGAUGGACAAGUUGAAGGACUAUCUGCACAAGGAUGAGCAACUUGAGGAGGAGGGUCACGAGUAUGGUGACUUGAUGUAA